AUGUGCUGGGGAAAGAGAUGUGAAGGGUCCAACACGUGUUUCCUGCCAAGAACACCAGAACAAAGGAUUCGAGGAUUUGCAGGAGAACCCCACGCUCUUAGCAUCCGCCAGUGGGAAUACACAGGGGUGGCGAUACGCCGUGGCCGGCAGACUUGUCUUUCCUCACCUUCUUGCUGGGAUCGGGCUCCUGGAGGAAGUUCCAUAAAAGUCUAUCAGGCUCUUUUAAUCAGGACAGCCAACACCUCAACUGUGAACAAAGCAGCCUGGGUCUUCAUUGAGAAGUACCGCACCUGCCUGGGCAAAGACUUCCACAUCAACAAGUGGGUGUGUGGGGAGAUCACGCUCAUCCUCACCAAGAAGCUCUACUGCAAGAUAGCAGGGUCUGUCACAGCCCUGAUGGGGUGGAUUCAGGAGGAGGAGAGAGAAAGGAGAGAGAAUUUUGUUCCUGAGGUCUCAAUUCUGGAUAUGGAGACCAUUGAAGUAGAUCCUGACAACAAUGCAAUGCUGCAGCUUUUGGACGUUGGCAGUCUGUCCAACCUGCAAAUCACUCAGUCUACAGUUGGGAUGAAUUUAAAAAUGCCACAUGGAGCCAUUUGA